UUGACAAAAUGUUGUCAUUUUGAAAGAAAUUUUACAUUAAAAUUAAAUGCAAAAUGUUUCUUCGUUGAUAUAAAAAUAAAUACUAAUAAUAAUGAAGUUGUUAAAAUUUCAUUUGAGGUACCACCCGCCGGGUAUCAUACUUGAGUAUUCUCAGAAGGGGAUCGUCAAGAACAAAGACAUUGAUCUGCUUGAACUAAAUUGCAACUCAGAUAUAAAAGAAAUCGCAAGGCAUCUUCACCAGAAAGAGGCGCUGAUAACGGAAGAAGUGCGCGAACAGCUAGAACAGUGCCUGGAAGUACUUAAGAAGAGAAUCGAACACGAAGGUCCUGCAGGGAAGCGUUUCUACAUCUAUAAAACUCUUCAAACUCACGUCCUACCGCUGACCAAUGUUGCUUUCGAUAAAAAUGGAAAAAGAUGCCUGUCCGGCAGUUACGACAGAACGUGCAAGGUGUGGGAUGUGGAGUCUGGGAAAGAAAUAAAAACAUUGACCGGACACCAGAACGUGGUGUAUUCGGUAGGAUUCAAUUUUCCACUCUGCAACCGCGUAAUAUCAGGCUCGUUCGAUAAGUCAGCAAAAAUAUGGGAUCCCAAUACUGGGGAGUGUCUGGCAACGCUCUGGGGUCACCAGGCCGAGGUAGUGGCCACUCAGUUCAGCGGUAAAGGUGACCUGGUGGGGACCGGAUCCAUGGAUCAUACUGCUAAACUCUUUGAUGCUAGGACCGGUGCAGAGAUCCAUAGCUACGUUGGACACACAGCAGAAGUAAUCGCAUUGCAGUUUGAUCCUAAUGAAGGACAGAGGCUGAUCACUGGCUCCUUCGACGGCACCAUAUCCAUGUGGGAUACCAGACUCAAAGAUCGAGUGACAGUGCUGUCGGGACACGAGGGUGAGAUAUCGAACGUCCAGUUCAACUGGGACAGCUCGCUGGUGGGUUCCUCUUCACUGGAUGGCAGCGCCAAACUGUGGGAUGCGAGGAGUAACGCCUGUCUCGCCACCGUGGCUGGUCACAGCGAUGAGGUGUUGGAUAUCUGUUUCGACUGGGCUGGACACCGCAUGGCCACCUCUUCAAGCGACUGCUCGGCGAGGAUAUACGACGUGCGCGCCGACUUCAAAGAGCUGGCUGUGAUGAAGGGGCACAGAGAAGAGGUCUCAAAGGUGUGCUUCAGCCCAGCCGGGGGUUGCCUGCUCACAGCAUCAUCAGACAGAAGUGCUAGAAUUUGGAAUACCACCACAGGGAACUGUAUUCAGGUGCUAUCUGGACACCAAGGCGAGAUCUUCUCAUGUGCGUACUCAUACGCGGGAGAUGCUAUAAUCACAGCCUCCAAGGACAACACCUGCAGGAUCUGGAGAUGAUUGGACUGGUGGCUCUAGGAGUCACUAACCAAAACAACAGUCCUUACUCAAUAACUUGUAUUAUGCUCAGAAGCGUACCGUGCCUUGGCUAUGGGGCUCCGUAUAAAAAUUUGUUUGGAGGCCCUUACGAAGGGUAAAGAUUUCUCACAA